GGAUUUGGUUGGCUAAGGAAGGAAGAAAGCAGAUAGAGGGUGACGCCUUCCCUCUUCAGCUCCGACAGUGAAAAGAGUGAAUCUUUUCAACUUUUCUUACAAAACCCACCGUUCAUGAACUAAUAAUAUCUAUUAAACCUCACUUCAUCCUAAAAUGUCUCUCUCUUAUUCUCUGCAACUCCCAUUCCCUUCACCGGUUUUUCGUUCCCCAAGAAACACCAUCGAAAAGAGAUUAGGCAAUCUUCGAACCCUCCAUUCUUCAAAAGAAGGUGGGCAACAACAUACUGAAAAUGAUAGAACUCAAGACCAAGUGAUUUUAUUAGAGAGAUAUGGAAAUGGUACUAUUAAAAGAUACAUGCUAGAUGAUGAUGAUGAUGAUGAUGAUGAUUUGCAGAUUCGAGCUUUUCUUGAGAAACAUGAUUCAACAAGCAACGAGUUCCAAGGAUCAAAUUUAUCUGACCCAAAUUUGUCUUGGCUACCACAAGUCCUCAAAGAAUUUAUCUUGCCUGCGGGUUUCCCUGGGUCUGUCUCGGAUGAUUACUUGCAAUACAUGUUGUUACAGUUUCCCACAAAUGUUACUGGAUGGAUCUGUCACACUUUAGUUACAUCAAGUCUUCUUAAGGCUGUUGGGGUUGGUUCUUUCUCAGGAACUGCUGCUGCUGCUUCUGCUGCAGCUAUUAGAUGGGUGUCCAAAGAUGGCAUUGGGGCUGUUGGCCGCUUAUUCAUUGGUGGUCGAUUUGGAAAUCUCUUUGAUGAUGAUCCUAAACAGUGGCGCAUGUAUGCGGACUUCAUUGGCAGUGCUGGAAGCAUAUUUGAUCUAACAACACAAGUUUAUCCUGCCUAUUUCCUACCGCUGGCAUCUCUUGGCAAUCUUGCUAAGGCAGUAGCAAGAGGACUUAAAGAUCCUUCAUUCCGAGUGAUUCAAAACCAUUUUGCUAUCUCAGGAAAUCUGGGAGAGGUGUCUGCUAAGGAGGAGGUUUGGGAAGUAACUGCUCAGCUGCUUGGUCUUUCUCUUGGCAUACUGAUCCUGGAUACUCCUGGCCUUGUUAGAUCAUAUCCGGUGUUGGUGUCAACAUGGGCAAGCAUGCGGCUUCUUCACCUCUGGUUACGUUAUCUAUCACUUUCAGCUCUACAAUUUAACACAAUAAAUCUUAAGCGAGCCCGUAUGCUAGUAGAAUCACAUAUUUUGCAGUCUAGAGUGCCUGGAUGCAUUGACUGCAAUAGGGAUGAAAAUAUUUUAUUAUGGCAGAGAUUCAUAAAGCCACGGAUUAUAUUUGGUGUGCCCAUGGAGGAGAUGCUAGGCAGUGGGAGAUCCACCUCGAUGCUGAAAACUCUCCUGAGAUUAUAUGCGAGAGAGAAAUAUAUUGUUGUGGUGAACCAACAGCGGAUAGAUUUUGAGGUCUUUGUUUCAUUCAAGGUGGGUGCUACAAGUGUUUCUGUCUUGCGUAGUGUCUGGCAGACCUACUGGCUACACGAGAACUUGAAUGUCUCAGAAGAUAUCUUUGAUCAGCUUGCAAAAAGUUUGUCCAUGAUGGAUGAAAGGUUCAACGAAUUCAUUCAACAGCUGGAUAAAGGUGGAUGGGAUAUUCAUCAAAUUAAUUUGAGGGUCCCCAAGGAAAUCUCCAUUGACGAAUGUCCUGUUUAAUGCUGAAAUUACGGUGAUCAAAACACCAUGUUUCAGAGCAGGAACCAGAGCUGCCCUUGUAAUGCUUGAAAAUGGGUACAAGCGGUCAAAACAGACAUGCAAGUUGAGCUAUCAGGCAAUGAUCGAAGCAAAACUACGAGCGCCUUGAAGUUGAAGGAUCGUUUUUAUGUGGCAACAAUUAUAUAUUAAUCCAUCUGCAGUGCUGUAUUGUCAAAGGCAUUCGAUGUCUAACCAUGCAAACUAUGUGUAGGUUGAGUGAUAGGAUAUCAUCCUAUUAGCAUGAAAAUCACUACACUUUCUUCCUUGAUGCUACUAUGUUUCACACCAUCUUUCUUAACACUCUUUUUCAACAAUAUACUAAAUGUUGGUAUCAA